AUGCUUGCUCGAAAGACUGUAGCAUCCGGGGCUCUGAGGAAAGCAUUAAAUGAGAGGUUGAAAGCAAGCCAAGUGAAAGCAAGCCAAGCUCAAAACUCCGACUCUAGCUCUGAUUCUGAAUCCUAUCAAUCCGCUACUGAGGGGGAAGGACAUGGGUCUUCUGACUCUGAAAAGACUCAAGAAUCUCCUUCUAAGAGCCACAAGAAGCAGAGUGAAACAAAGCUACAAAGGGCUUUAGCUGAGAGUAAGAAAAAGAAAAUGGAUAAAGGAAAGGGAAAGAUUGUAGAAUCCUCAGAGGCUGUGGAGGAAGAGGAGAUGCAACUGACAAGAUCUGCAAUGAAAAACAAACAAUCAAAAUUUUCUGAAGAUGAUGACUGGAGUGGAGAAGAAGAAGAAAAUGAUUCUGAGAAGGAAUAG